CUGUCUGCCUGGGGCCCCUGGAUGCUCCUCAACUUCAUCACGAUCCUGUGGGGCAGUCAGCAUGCGAUCAUCAAGCUCACGCUGGAGGGCGACACGGGCUCUCCUGCUCUGCUCAACAUGAUGCGGUUCGCCCUUGCGACCAUGGUCUUCCUCCCCUUCGCCCCGGGGAUCUUUGACUUCGGGAGGGCAUCACCUAAGAGAUCUCUGUGGAAUUCGGGGAUCGAGCUCGGACUGUGGACGUUUGCGGGAUAUGCGACUCAGAGUAUUGGACUGCAGUACACGACAGCUUCAAGAAGCGCCUUCCUGUUGUACCUCAAUGUCAAACUUGUGCCCAUCUUGGGGCUCCUUCUCUAUAGCAGAAAAGUAUCCUCUUCCACUUGGAGCAACGUGGGCCUGGCUCUGCUAGGAACCUUUCUCGUCGGCUACGACGGAGGAGCUCCGAACAUUGGGGAUGCAUGGUCGAUUGCAGCUGCCGCGUCCUCAGCUAUGUUUAUCUUAAGAUUGGAGGGAGCGGCAAGAAGGCACGAGGCUGCAGAACUGAACGCGAUCUCAAUGAUGACAGUCACUGUCCUGUGUCUGAUCUGGAAUUUUACUGACCUUGCCUCCCUUUCAGAGGACAUGCACUUGGGACCCCAGCAGCUGCUCGCUGCUUCCUACCUCGGGCUGGUCACAACAGCCUUGACAAGCUUCCUGCAGACCGUCGGGCAGAAGAGCAUCAGGGCAGAGAGCGCCGCCAUCAUCUACGCCAUGGACCCUGUCUAUGCCGCCUGCUUCAGCUUCUUCCUGCUGGGGGAGUCCAUGGGAGCGCAAGGGAUCGCAGGAGGCAUGCUGCUGUUUGCU